CUUGGUUUGCUUCCAGACUGGGAUGCUGGGAAGGAUUCUCCAUUAGCCUGGCGCUCUGAAGUUGUGAAGCCCUCUGAGCAUUCUGCAGGCGUGUCUGCAGGGACGACCUCACCAACUCCUACCUUGGAUGCUGCACAAAAGGCCAGCUCCCAUGGCAGGGGUCCUCUGACAGGAGAGACCAAAGACAUGGCAGGCAGGAAAUUCCAGGACCCAUUAGAAAUCAUGUGGCAAAUGCUGAAGGAACGUCUGCAGAGAAGACAAGAAAUGAAAGGAGAGCCUGCGGAGAAAGAAGCAUUUCCCGGAGGAAGCAGUGGUUGCAUGCCAGCCUCAGCUCCAGGAAGGGAGGCCAUGCCAGGCACAGGCACAGGAGAUGAGGGUGCUGGGAAGGCUUCUCCAUCAGCUUGGAUGAAUAAAGUUUUGAAGCCCUUGGAGCCUCCUGCAGAUGUGUCUACAGGGAAGACUUCUCCAGCUUCUCCAGCUGCUACCUUGGAUGCUGCACUCAAGCCCAGCUCCCAUCUCAGGGGUACUCCAACAGGGAAAAUCCAAGAUACAACAGAUAAGAUAUCCCUGGAACCAUCCAAACAGAUGAGGCAAGAGCUGAAGGAACCCCUGCAGACAAGAGAAGAGAUGGACAUAGUGCUUCAGUGGAAGGUGGUAUUUCUUGAAGGAAGCACUCCAUCUUCGGUGCCAGCCCCUGCUGCAGGAAGGAAGGCAAAGCCAGACACGGGCACAGGCACAGCAGACUGGGAUGCUGGGAAGGAUUCUCCAUUAGCCUGGCGCUCUGAAGUUGUGAAGCCCUCUGAGCAUUCUGCAGGCGUGUCUGCAGGGACGACCUCACCAACUCCUACCUAGGAUGCUGCACAAAAGGCCAGCUCCCAUGGCAGGGGUCCUCUGACAGGAAAGACCAAAGUCAUGGCAGGCAGGAAAUUCCAGGACCCAUUAGAAAUCAUGUGGCAAAUGCUGAAGGAAUGUCUGCAGAGAAGACAAGAAAUGAAAGGAGAGCCUGCGGAGAAAGAAGCAUUUCCCGGAGGAAGCAGUGGUUGCAUGCCAGCCUCAGCUCCAGGAAGGGAGGCCAUGCCAGGCACAGGCACAGGAG